AUGAUCCCAAGCCAAGCCUCAAGCGACGACUUCCCGCGCCUCAUCGGCGCCGAGAACUUCGACGUGAGGAAGACUCGCGUGUGCGCGGUCCUCGACGGCAAGCAUCUACUCGUCUACGUACAGAAACCCGACUACGAUAGCGUCUCCGAGGAAGAAAGCGAUGAGAGCGAGAGCGACAUGUCCGACUCCGACGAUGCAACGAAGGCCAAGCCGUCGGAGAGAGUCGAGGUCGACUCGGACGCGGUGGACUACGACGAGGAGAGCGAAGAUGACAAGCAACGGUCCGACUCCGAUGAAGACUCCGAAGACAACUCGGACACCUCCUCCAAACGCAAGAAGCUGCCGGUAAUUCGACCAUUUAGCCGCAGCCAAUGGCGCAAGGAUCACAAGCGCGGUGCCAAAGAGAAGCCUCAGCCUCUGAACCCGCGCGAGCGACGUCGGCAAGAAGCCAAGACCAAAGUGUUCUUGAUGAAAACCAUGGACAACGCCCAUGUCCGACUGGUGAAGAAUCUCACGACAUCCUACGAGAUCUUCCAGUUCAUUUGCCAGAAGUAUGAGGGUGCUGCAUUCCACGGCGACCCCUACUUCAUCCAGCACUACUUGAUGAAAAUCAGGUACGAGGAGGGCUCAGACCUGACUCAAUUCUUCUUGAAGCUGGAGAACGCGAUGAAAGCCGCGCAAGAAGCCACCGACACGGUGAUGGCAGAGUCGCAGAAAUGGAAGAAUGACCUCCGCAUCUGGAAAAAUCAAUGGAAGUAUCUCCCGUACGAAGACUUGAAGCAGAGCAUCGAGGGCAAGGUCCGUGACAUCCAGGCUCAAGAGCGGUACACACUGUCUAAGAGAACACCUGAGACCAGCGACACCAUGAACGAGCGCGCCCUAGUGACUACUGGACAGCCUGCUCACCAAGGCCAAGAUCGCAACGGGAACGGCAAUUGCUCUUACUGUGACCGUCCACGCCAUAACAUUCGUCAAUGCCGCGGACUACAAAAGGACCUACGAUAUGGACGAGUGAAGGCUGGCACGGUACUGUCUGCGAACUUCGCGUUCAAGGGCAACUCGAAGCGCGACCAUCCGUAUCGCAAUUUCAAGAACUGGAGCCAGCAUCAAGGGCGCAGCAACAACAGCAACAACAGCAACAACAACGGGAACGGUCGCAGAGACAAGCACCACGGUAGCCACAAGCACAAGCAUGAUGGCAACGGUGGUAAGAAUCGCAAUACUGACCAAGGCAAGAACCGUCCUCUCGACUCCGACUCGGAUGACGAUGAUGGUACCAAGCGCAAGGUGUUCCACAAACAGCGCCGCGAUACCGGUCUGAUUGCAGUUGCUACGACGGUCAACCCUCCCAUCAGCUUGGCCGCCCACGCCAACGUUCAACUUGACCCUACCUGGACUAUUGACUCUGGAUGCACGCGCCACGUGACGCAAGAAUCCCAGUGGUUUGCCGACAUCGCCAAUGCUACGGCCCUCAUGGCCAAAGGAGCCAAGCCAUUGAUGGACUCGAUGAUUCUGUGGCUGUAG